AAAUGAUACAAACUGAUGUCAUUGUUUUCUUCUGUUUCUUUGCAGCUCCUGUAUGACAACCCAAAAGCUCGUCUGGAAGUAGAAUAUCACUGGCGGGCAUCGGGUUGUCCCCACAUUGUUCACAUCCUGGAUGUUUAUGAGAACAUACAUCAUGGAAAGAGAUGCCUCCUCAUUGUCAUGGAAUGCAUGGAGGGAGGAGAGCUGUUUAGCAGGAUCCAGGAGAGAGGAGACCAAGCUUUCACUGAGAGAGAGGCCUCUGAAAUAAUGAGAGACAUUGGCACAGCCAUCCAGUAUCUGCAUUCAAUGAACAUUGCCCAUAGAGACGUCAAGCCUGAAAACUUGCUUUACACAUCAAAAGAAAAGGAUACUGUACUUAAACUCACAGACUUCGGCUUUGCCAAAGAAACCACUGUACAAAAUGCACUGCAGACCCCCUGUUAUACUCCUUAUUAUGUGGGUGAGUCAUCCAAAAUGCAUUUAUUCUGUGUUUCUCAUUCCUCCUGUUAUAGUGGGUCUGUGGGCUGUAGGAACGUGUGGUAGAUCUUCUCCUGUGGA